GAAGUCUCUUCUUCUUCCUUUCCUCCAUUAGAUUGCAACGAUGGGCCGCCGACCAGCCCGCUGCUAUCGUUACUGCAAGAAUAAGCCCUACCCCAAGUCCCGCUUCUGCAGGGGAGUGCCUGAUCCUAAGAUCAGGAUUUUCGACUUGGGCAGGAAGAAGGCCAAGGUAGAUGAGUUCCCUAUGUGUGGCCACAUGGUCUCUGAUGAGUACGAGCAGCUGUCUUCAGAAGCUCUGGAGGCCGCCCGUAUCUGUGCUAACAAGUACAUGGUGAAGACCUGCGGUAAGGACGGUUUCCACAUCCGCAUGCGGCUGCAUCCUUUCCACGUCAUCCGCAUCAACAAAAUGUUAUCGUGCGCUGGAGCUGAUAGGCUCCAGACCGGGAUGCGAGGUGCUUUUGGUAAACCUCAGGGCACCGUGGCUCGCGUGCACAUCGGUCAGGUGAUCAUGUCCGUGCGUACCAAGGCCCAGAACAAGGAGCAUGUGAUCGAGGCUCUGCGCAGAGCCAAGUUCAAGUUCCCCGGACGCCAGAAGAUCCACAUCUCCAAGAAAUACGGCUUCACCAAGUUCAACGCCACCGACUUUGACGACAUGAGCGAGAAGCGUCUGAUCUCUGACGGCUGCGGGGUGAAGUACAUCCCCAGCAGAGGCCCUCUGACCCGCUGGAAGGCUCUGCACGCCAACUAAGAGUAGCUGUAGGUGUUACAGUGACAACCAAUAAAAGUGGGUUUGAUUACAAAAAGUGA